AUGACUUAUAUAUCGUCGGUGUCGAGCAGUUACUCUCUCAAGCCUGGCCAAACAGAACGUAUCGCCAUUGUCUACAAGACAUGCGACACAAAGCAUGACACGCUCCACGGCAUGAUCAAUGACGAUGAAUACACCGAUCUCAACCUCGGCACCCGAUUCCGCCUGGCGCUCUCCCUCGCCGAGUGCAUAUUCCACCUGCAUCUCACCGGCUGGCUCCACAAGGGCCUCCGGAGCUCCAACGUCAUUAUCCGCGGCGACGCCUCCCAGAGCGCCGACGAUACAAAAGCCCUACGGGCAUACCUCGCCGGAUUCGACACCGCACGACUCGACGCCGACCCCGAACGCUCCGAGAAGAACGAAACCGACGCCCAUUCCGACCUCUACCACCAUCCGCGGUACCAAUCCUCAACCAGGGACGAAAACAGGUACACCCGCCAGUACGACAUCUACAGCCUUGGGAUGCUCCUGCUGGAGCUUGGGUCGUGGCAGCUGAUCGAGAACGGUGGGUCGUACAAGCCGAAGGGACACAACCCAGUGCGGUUUCUCAACAGGCUGCUCAAGGGACCUGUGCAGAGCCUGCGCUUUACGAUGGGCAAUGCGUAUCAGAGAGCAGUCCUGUGGUGCCUCCAGGGGCAGUUUGAGAAGAACGGCGGUGGGCAGGGCUUUGGCUCGCUGACGGACUCGGAGAUGUCGACCGUGUUCUGGGAGAAGGUUGUGCUGGAGUUGGUCAAGAGCUCAGUUGAAGAGUAG